CAUCAAGGGAUGUAACUGGACGAGAAAGUAUCUUAGUCGGUUCUCCCAUCAUAGGUGACGGGGGAUACUCUUCGUUGGGUGAACGUGCCCGUGGGACAGGAGUGGCACCACUAACUUACAAUGUGCUAUCUCUAAGUUUAUAUGGCUGCCUGAUCAGACGAAACACAUAAAACAACACCCGAGGAUUCCUUUUGGUAAAGGUCUUCGAAACGGACACAGUCCCGCAUCGUAUAGCACGCCGCAUGCCAUCUCACUCGAAGCGAGAAACAAUGACCGACGUUGCUCGCACCAUCGCCAUUGAAACAUUAUGUGAUAUCGGUCUGCACAAGUCGUUCUUGUUACCUGCAUCGGCUCUGCCCAAUGCUGGUAUUGCCCGACCUCUACGGAUCACAUACUCUGACCUCGGAUACCAUCCAGAUCCAAAGCAAGACAAAGUCGCAGACUCCACAGCCGACGACCAGCAAAAUAACGGGGUCACCGAUUCAGCAUCAGAUUCGAAUUCAUCGGACCCGUGCGUCGUCCUUUUCAUCAGUGGCCUCUUAGGUGGUCGUUGGACGCUUUGUCGCUCGGCAAGCAUCGCCCAGCGUCUCAAGAUCCGCGUCAUAUCCAUCGACAGGCCCAGUCUUGGUGGCUCAACCCCGGUCCCCAUCGAGCAACGUCUUGCGGUGCAGCUUGCCGCCGCGCCUGCCCUGUUGAAUCACCUGGGAAUCAAACAUGUCACGCUGGCAUCCCAUUCUGGAGGCGCGCCUUAUGUGUUGGCGACGCUCCUGGCGCAUCGUGGCUUGCUGCACCCAAAGAGGCCUCAUGUCGUCUUGCUUGCACCUUUUGUUCACCCCAAAGAGAGCGGCGCGCCGUUGAUGAGGCUAACUGCGGCACUCCCGCCCCAGGCCAUCGGCAGGUUCCAUUCCCUGGCGACAGUCAUCAAUCGCACGUUCGCUUUCAAGGUCUCGGGACUAGGCAACCCCGUUGGGCCUUCCGACAAACCCACCACUGUUGCGCCGUCUCAGACAGGAGAGACCGAUGAGCCACACGGUAACGAGAAGGACUUGCAGAAAGCUGUGCAGGCCGAAAUGGAUCAUUUGGCCCCUAAAUACAUGUUCGCCGAGAACAUACAGGGUUCCUCCGAAGAUGCCCUUUUGUUUCUACGAAAGCACAUUAAUCCAAUAACUGCCACCAAGGACCUGGGCAUCGUAGAAGGAAAGGACUGGCUUGACUAUCGGACUAUUGCUAAAGCCAUUGCCAAGCAGGAGAAACGCUCCGGCCAUGACACUGUCGACUCUGAAAAGCUGCAAAUCGACGUCCUGCAUUCCGAAAAGGACAUCAUGUCUGGCGCCAGUGGAGCAAAACACUUCGAUGACUGUUGGGCUAGUGCUAUCGCUCAAUCGGCCGUCAGCUACCACGCCAAGAUCAUGAAGGGUGUCAAUCACGACUCCAUCGUUGAUCCGAAACUAGGAGUCAGUGAGAUAUGGCUCCAAAACGUCGCCCAGCGAUGGUAUGGCUGACUGGACGUCUGGAUCGCUUGAUGUCAUUUGAGCAAGCAUGGCUCCGCUCGAGCAGAAUGCGCUAUACAUUGCUAGGACGAGACGCAAGAAUUUGUCUCAGGUGGGCCGCGACAAAAAGCGCCAUGUCGAAGUGCAAUUUGCACGAACAUCGCCUAACAACACUUGCCUCUUCGAGCAGCGGAGAAGUGCAAUGCUGGCAGGUUCAAGAUCCAUCCGACACUGUUCCUGCUGCAGUUGAAGCAAGUACCGCAGGGCCGCGUAUGGGAGAACCCGAGAAUGCAAAGCCUGGACACAGUCGUAUAUGGAUUGAGUCGUUGAAUUUGCCACUCAUGCUCUACGGCGGCCUGGCCAGCGGACAAAUAGACACGAAAUAGCGGUUGAGACCGUCGUGCGUUGAGUGGCCUGGAUCGUCGUCCCCUACUGAGGAAAUCUUCUGGACGAUCGUGAUCUUGCCACUCCAAAUCUUCCAGUGCAGCUGGCAAUUGCAAGCAGGCGUCGGCCGAACUCUUGCUUGUGGGUGCGUUAUCUUUCGCAAGCCUGUUUUGUUUUCGAAGGGGACGGGCAGCCGCACUUUCGUCGCUCAUCCAGCAGGCUCAGACGCUCAGAGUCCUUCAAAUCGAGAGGUUGAUCUUGACAGCCUGACAGGGCCAGAUGAUUCUUUAUCAACGUUGUCUGUUGGCUGCCGUCGGUGUGGUAGACGAAUGCAUUAGCCAGACGAAUGCAUUAGCCAGACGAAUGCAUUAGCCAGACGAAUGCAUUAGCCAGACGAAUGCAUUAGCC